ACAUCUUCAUGCAAGACGUAGAAAAAGAAUAUAGGGAGCGGAUUAGUGCAAAUAAUAAAUUGCGCAAUGAGAUCAAGGAUCUGAAGAUGCAGGUACAUAUAGCGGAAAAAGAGCUGGCAUCUAUGAAGUCAGAUUCUUCUCAUUAG